AUGAGCUCCGACUACUCGUACGACAACGACGCACAAUUCUACCCCUUCUUCAUCCUCGCCAUCACCAGUAUCGUCACCCUGCCCCUCGGCUACACACUCGUCUUCCCCUCCAAGGACAUCGAAGCGAAAGCCCCGCGCAUUCAGAGCGACUUCAAGCCCGAACAUGCAGACCUGAUCGGAGCUCAGCGCAAGGCGCACGACAAGAAGCAGCGCCGUAUUGUGCGCGCCAUCUUCGUCAUCCUCGGCCUGGCCCUCAUGGCCGGUAUGGUCUACCUCAUCAUCCACGUCCAGACCGUUAUCCCCAAGAUCUGGAACCCUUAUGAUAUCCUUGGUCUCCCUGACUCUGCCGACGAGAAGACCAUUAAGAAGGUCUACAAGAACCUUUCAAGAAGACUGCACCCCGACAAGGUCAGGCCCGACCCGGCCAAGAACGAGACCGUUGAAUCUCUAAACGCCGCCUACGUCGAGAUCUCCAAGGCCUACCAGGCGCUUACCGACGAGGAGGUCCGCAACAACUAUAUUCAGUACGGUCACCCCGACGGAAAGCAGAGCUUCAGCAUCGGCAUUGCGCUCCCCCAGUUCAUGGUCUCUGAUGGCAACGGCAAGUACGUCGUUCUCGCUUACACCCUGCUUCUCGGCGUCCUCCUGCCUUACCUCGUCGGAUCCUGGUGGUACGGCACUCAGCGCAUGUCCAAGGAUGGCGUCCUCAUGGAGAGCGCCAACAACCUGUUCCGCGCCUACGAGGAGGAAGUAGACGAGGGUGGUGUUAUUACUGCCCUCAGCAGCGGCAAGGAGUUCGAGGCUGUCCUCAAGGGCGACAAGGCCGAAUCUGGCCUUUCCAAGCUCGAGUCCAAGCUCUUCGCCAACGCCGACAAGGCCGGUCUCACCCAGAAGGACAAGCAGGCUCUUCAGGAUCUCGACAGUGGUGUGCGCCGCAAGGCCCUGGCACUUUUGUGGUCGUACCUCGGCCGCGUCGAGCUCGAGGACCCUGCUCUUGACAGUGCCAAGUACGAGGUCGCCCCCAUCGCCCACGCCCUGACCCGGUCAUUCUCUGCUAUUGCCCAGGCCUACGGCAACACUGGUCCUAUUCUCGCCGCCUACUCUACCGGUCAGCACCUGAUCCAGGCCCUGCCUCCCAAGUCCUCGCCCCUUCUUCAGCUUCCUCACUUCACCCAGGACGUCGUCCGCGCUGUCGAGGGCGGUGAUGAGAAGAUCCACGUCUCUCUCCAGCAGUUUAUGGACCUGCCAGACAACCUGCGUAGAAACCUGACGGUGAAGAACGGCCUCCUUACCGAGGAGCAGUACAAGACUGCCCUUAGCGUUUCCAAGCAGCUCCCUCAACUCCGUGUCGCCAAGGCGUUCUUCAAGGUCACCGGCGAGCGAUUCAUUAUUCCCUCUUCCCUCGUCACACUCGUUGUCAAGGGCCGCAUCAUCCCCCCUGGCAGCGAAAACGUCCCCGAAAUCAACGAAUUGGAUCUGGAAGACAUUGACCCCGCGGAGGACGACCUCGACGCCUUCCUCGGCCGCAAGAAGACCACCAAGGGCCCUGACGGCAAGCCCGUCCCCGCUGACGACAAGCCAAUUCUGCCUCCUCUCGCCCACGCUCCUUACUUUGCCCGCGACCACGCCCCCAAGUGGUAUGUCUUCUUGACCGACUCCAAGCAGGGCAAGAUGGCCGUUCCCCCCUUCACCUUCACCCAGUUCGACCAGCCCAUCUUCGGCGAAGACGGCAAGCCCACUUUCAAUAUGCAGACCCUCAAGGCCCAGUUCGCCGCACCUCCCCAAGCCGGUCACUACACUUUCGUCAUGCAUGUUGUGUGCGACAGCUAUGUUGGUUUCGAUACCAAGAUGGAGGUAACAUUGGUGGUUGAGGAGGCCAACAAGGCGGCGGCCAUGGUUGCCGAGGAUGAGAUCAGCGAGCCUGAUGAGGACUCAAUCGCCGGUCAAAUGCAAGCCCUCAAGGGCGGAAGCGUUCCUGGCACCACCAAGCCCCGCAGGAAACCUGUCGAAGAGGACUCGGACGAGGAGAGUGGCACCGAUGACGACGUGGAGGAUGACGACACAAGCGCGACGAACACUGACACUGAAGACGAGUCAUAA